CUCACCAUGUCCGGUACACAAGUUGCAGAAGAACCCGCACAAAUCACAUUCGCCAUUUGCAUAUUUUUAACGGAUAAAUAAAACUUCAGAAAUUUCAAAAUUCCCUCUCUCUCAGUCUCAGUCUCAGUAGUUAGUAUGGGUGUGAAGAACUUGUGGGAUAUCUUGGAAUCAUGCAAGAAAACUCUACCACUUCACCAUCUCCAGAACAAGAGGGUGUGCAUAGAUCUCUCUUGCUGGAUGGUUCAGCUUCAAAACGUUAGCAAAUCACACUCUUGUAUGAAAGAGAAGGUUUAUCUCAGAGGUCUCUUUCACCGCCUCAGAGCUCUCAUUGCUGUUAAUUGCACCAUUGUUUUUGUUACAGAUGGAUCCAUUCCUGCUAUUAAGUUAUCAACUUAUAGACGCCGCUUAAAUUCAGGAAGUGAGGUUACUCAAGAUGAUAGAAACUUGCAAAAUGUUACCUCUCUACGAAGAAAUAUGGGAUCUGAGUUUUCAUGCAUGAUAAAAGAGGCUAAAGUUUUGGGCAUGGCACUUGGCAUUGCUUGCUUAGAUGGGAUUGAGGAAGCUGAAGCACAAUGUGCAUUGCUAAACUCGGAAUCGUUAUGUGAUGGAUGUUUCACUUCGGACUCAGAUGUCUUUCUUUUUGGUGCAAGGACUGUGUACAGAGAUAUAUGCCUUGGAGAUGGUGGUUAUGUCACUUGCUAUGAAAUGACAGACGUAGAAAGACAGCUUGGAUUUGGAAGGAACUCAUUGAUUACCCUUGCACUACUUCUUGGCUGUGACUACUCUCAAGGAGUUCAUGGUCUGGGUCCUGAGUCCGCUUGUCAGAUUGUUAAAUCAGUUGGAGACAAUGUUGUCCUUCAAAAAGUUGCCUCUGAAGGACUGUCCUUUGUAAAAAAGAAAAGAAGUUCAAAGAAACAGGGGGCUGUUUCCAAGUGCAAUAAUAGCAAGGAGAACUCACUGGAUCAUGAUAUGAAUGUUAAUGGAAGUAAGCAUGAUUCACAAAGGGAUGACCAGCACUUGCAAGUUAUUGAUGCAUAUUUGAAGCCCAAGUGCCACUCGGCAGAUUCUGAUGCUGUGCAUAGGGCUCUUGCUCAAUAUCCUUUUCAACGUGCCAAACUUCAGCAGAUAUGUGCUCAGUUUUUUGAGUGGCCUCUUGAUAAAACAGACGAGUAUAUCCUUCCAAAGAUUGCUGAACGAAACUUACGGCGAUUUUGUAAUUUGCGAUCAACUUCAUCAGAUCUAGAACUGAAGCUUCCAUUACACAAGAUACCAGUUAAAUGCCCUGUCUCAAAAAUUAUCAAGCAUCGAAAGGUUCAGGGAAGAGAUUGUUAUGAGGUCUCAUGGGAGGAUUUAGAUGGACUUAAGACCUCCAUAGUACCAGCGGAUCUUGUAGAGAGUGCUUGUCCUGAGAAGAUUGUGGAAUUUGAGGAGGAAAGGGCUGAAAGGAAGAAACAAAAUCACAGGAAAACAGGGCCAAAGAAAUCAGAAAAGGGAUCUUCUGUGACUGAAAUUGAUCUAAAACUCCAAAGACUAUUACUUGACAUCGAAUUAGAAAGCAGUUCUGUUCACAAUGCCUCCUUUUCUUCAAAUGUGGAGAUAUCAGAAAGCCGUACUGCUGCACCAGAAGUUGAUCUAACAAACCAAGAUCUGUGGCUUGAUCCAAAGAGCAGUGAUGAUAUAUCUUGCAAUGAAGUUGGUCCAAGUACUGCUAAAAGUGAGGUCAUUGAUCUCUUAAGCCCUUCCCCACCAAGACAAUCCUGUAUGGUAUCCAAAUUUCCAAAAUCAAAUGGUCCAUGUAUUGAUGUAAUUGAUUUGAGUGAAUCAGAAACUGAUGUGUCUCCUGAACAUGAGAGGAAGGCAAGAGAGUUAAGAUUGUUCUUAGCCAGCAUUAGGGAUGAAAUCUCUUGAACAGCCAUGAAGAAGUCUAAUGUAAUCGUAGUUUGGAUUUUCCCAAUGAAACUGAUUCCAUGUCAUGUACCUCUUCAGUCUCCUCUUUGUGGUUAGUAGAGACAGUGUGGUGUUUCCUUGUAUACAUCCUGUGUACUAAGGUUUGUUCUUUUCUUUUAAUGAAUUUUUUGCUUAUAAAGAGAGUGUGUAUUGUAUAACAAUCAUAUUUAGAUGUACAAGGAUACUGGAUAAAUUAAUCUGAAGUCUCAAACGUAGGAUUUAAAGUUCAAAUUCUUUCAUUCUCAAAUCUAUAGUUCUUGGCUUUAGACCUUU